GUGUGUGUAGUAGAAAGAGAGUGUGCUUUUUAAUGUGUAUUUGCAAGUGCGCGGGUUUGUGUUUGAAAAACGUAGCUUGCUAUGGUUUCAUAUUGCAUGGAAAGUAUUCUGAUAAUGUGUGUUAUCAUGUGAGACAGCGUGCGUUUGCACUUGGAUAAAAGCUAAAGUUUGCAUCGACAGCAGCGCUUGUUCCUCGGAAGAAACCGCAGGUGUGCUGGUUGAUGAAUGUGCAUGCGCAGCGAUGUGAAAUGGACACGCGCACAACAGCAAUGAACUCGGCAUUCCCUUACAGGUGUUUCUCCAGUGCACGCCAUAGAAAUGCCUGCGUGCAUCUCUGCGUUGAACGUUGUGUGCGCAUGUUAAACUUUGUGCGUACAUUGAGCUGGCGCGCAGUUGUUCUUUUCAAUGGGCGUUUUGUUUCAUGAGCGCGGCAGUAUUCGGUUCUCGAUUUAAAUGGGUAGACACUCACUCGCUUACUCAUUGAUACUUUUUAUCCAUACGCUUUUUUUGCUGCUCUGCAACAAUGUAAUUCAUCACGUGUAGAAGCAGAACGCAGGCUGAGCACGGGAUCAGCCGUGUCCAACUUUUUAACCAGCGCGUUCUUGACGGUCCAAGCAAGCAAUGUUAGUAACAAUGGGUCGAGGUAAACAUUGUACCGAUGAUCAGCGCCAUAUGUUCAGAGAGAGAUUGACUGUCAAACUGAGUGGAUGUGCCUUCCUCGUGCUCCUGAUUUUAUACGCUGUUUUGCCGUGUUAUUUCUGGAAUCUCAACAUUUGCAACAGUGGUGCUGCUGAGUUGUUCGUACUGGCUAGUGCGUGCCUUCGAUUAAUAUAAAGCUGCCUCUGUUUAUUCAACAUUUUUGCCGAGAAAGUGUUUGGCUUCGUUUCUGCUCCUGUCACUCAUCAGAUUGUGCUGAGUCAUCGUUAUGCAGUGCUCAACCUGCAAUGCACCCACCGAUAGUGCUAAUUCGGUGUCCUGUGCCGGUGUUUGUGGUUCCAAGCAUCACACCCAUUGCACGGGGUUGUCCCGUGAUUCUACUCGUGAGCUUGGGCGUAAUAAUCAAUUGUUGUGGUUGUGCAAAACAUGUCACGAGUUUCGCAUUGGCACAAAUUCACUUCUCACAAAUCGGCUAUCAAGAGCGAUUUGCUUCCUGAGAUCCUCGCUCUCGUUGAUAAGCGAGCGCUAACACCCAUAUUAGCUAAGCCGUCUGUUAGCAACGCAUCGCGAUCGCACACAUCCACUAAUGUAUCGUCGCUCAAUGCCACAAAUACAUCCAGAACGACUAAAACAGCUUCCGCUCGCCGUACAUUUACUAACUCAACGGAGCUCACUGAUGAUAUCCAAGCUGCGAACGAUACCAACACUGUGGAUGAUUCUGACAACUGUAACCACUACAAUCAUCGUACUAAGCCGACUAGUGAUGUUAGUGCUGGAAACUAUCGAACAAAUACACAAGCAUCUUCUGAUCCUGUUUUGAACCAAAACACCACCAACACGGGCAUAGCCGAGAAAGUAUGGUUAUACUUCACGAACAUCAAAUCGCAUGUCUCGGCUUGAUGAUAUGCGUGUGUG